AUGCCGUGGUCCUUUGUGCUCCCUCAGGGGGUGUUUACGUCGCCGCUGCUGGCUGUCGCCACGCCCGUGCUUGGCGGCAACAACGGUCGCGCUGCUCGACGUCAAACCAAGGACACCUACCGCGAUCUCCGACAGCCCCCUUUCAACCCGCCGGCAUGGCUCUUCGCGCCCGCGUGGACUGUGCUUUACGGCCUAAUGGGGUAUGCGUCCCACCACGCUACUAAGGUUGCAGCUCAAUCUCUGUCUGCAACAGUGGUCCAGGCCAACGAGAAGGCGCAAACCUUGUACACCACCCAGUUAGCGCUGAACUUCCUCUGGAUGCCUCUGUUCUUUGGGGUGGGGCGACCGGCCGCGGCCCUGGGCGAUAUGGCCCUGCUGGUCGGGAACGUGACGGUGCUAAUGGCCGAGUGGUGGUCGGCAGACCGAACAGCCUUCUGGCUGAUGUCGCCGUAUCUGGCCUGGCUCGGGUAUGCGGCCUAUCUCAAUAUUGGGGUUGGGCAUCUGAAUGGAUGGAGGCUUCCGGCGAAGCAGAAGCGGAGAGAUUAA